AUGAGAACCCGAGAAAGCGCCAACAAGAGCCGCUUGCGCCGCAAUGCGCGGAUGGCCACGCUCAUGAAGGACGCGGCCGAGCUGGAGAAGAAAGAGCAGGAGCUGCAGACCGUUGUUGCUGGUCUGCAAGCUGGGGAAAAUUCGCUGCUGGACCAGAACGCGUUCUUGCACUCAUUAGUAAUCAGUUGCAAACAAGAAUCGUCUUCUCGAAAGGAGGACCCGUUGGAUGCUGCCGUCUCACUGCUGCUCUCGUCACCACUGGCGAUGGAUCAGAGCAGAGUGGAGCUUCACACGCUGGGAUUGGUCGGAAGAAGACACAAGGCGACGAGAUUGGUGGAGGCACACAUGUUUCGAACAUGA